UGUUGAACGGACGUCGGACUGCGCACUGACCGAUUUUUCAUGACAGCGUGUACCUAUGUUAUAAUAUAACUGUGUGUAGUGUAAUAUUUAUUCUGUGUGCACGCUCCAAUGUGAAUAUUGCUUGACAAAAUUAAAGGAUGGUAACAUCAGUAAUAAUUAUUAUAGUACCAGUGACAAAAGCAACAGUAAAAUUGUAAACCAAGUUUAAGUAUACCUUGUUAAACUGCAGUAUAGCUACUGAAUCGACAUUUUGUGUCACACAUGUAGAAUUCGGAAUAGGAAUAUUUAGUUUAUUUGGAAGCAAAUUACAGAUAAUUAUUUAUUGUAUUCAAAUUAUAUACAGUACCACGGGAAAUCAACUUUACAAUAGUUAGAUGCGUAGGCUGAACUCCCUGAAACAGCAAGUGACAACAUCGACAAACCCGGAAAAUCGAUAUCACCUAAAUCCAUAAACGACGAGACAUCGUCGCUUUUAAUGAUUGAGAGCAGUAAUAUGGCCAAAGAGAAAUGGAUGUCGGAUUGCGUGAACGUUCGGUCAAAUGGCAAAUCCGAACAUAUAAAAAGACAAAAUGCCGAACACAGACUUAGUAUAUUGUCUAUAGUCUAUAAUCCAACCGCUCAUCCGACUUCUUAUUUAGACACACUGAUAAACAUGUUGAAAGGAAAUGUUGGAUGUGGAAUUUUAGCUAUGGGAGACGCGUUUAAAAAUGGAGGAUUAUUUUUGUCGCCAAUUUUAACAUUUAUCAUUGGAAUUAUUUGUGUUUACAAUCAACACGUUUUAGUGCAGUGUUCAAAAAGUGUUAAACACAAACUUAAAUUACAACAUAAUCCACAAUUUGCUGAGACAGUAGAAUUAUCUUUUCAAAGUGGGCCUCAGAGAUUUCAAAGUUACUCAGUUUUUUUUCGGAAUAGUGUGAAUAGUUUUAUAGUGAUCACGCAGUUGGGAUUUUGUUGUGUUUACAUUCUUUUCGUAUCAAAAUCCUUUCAGCAGGUGUUGAGCUGGUAUAACAUACAAUUAGACGUGCACGUAAGUAUAUUAAUAACGAUGGUGCCUGUAAUGAUUUCAUCGCUCAUCAGAAGCUUAAAAUUCAUCGCCCGGUUGUCUGCAAUAGCAAAUAUGUGUAUGCUUGUGGGUCUGGUUGUUAUUCUGUACUAUUGUAGUAUUGAUUUACCUCCAUUGUCAUCAAGAGCCGCUGUUGCUCAUUGGACAACAAUACCUCUAUAUUUCGGCACCAGUAUUUUUUCAUUCGAAGGAAUUAGUUUGGUCUUACCUUUAGAACAAGAAAUGAAAAAUCCAAAACAAUUUUCUUCUGCGUUUGGAGUACUAAACGUGGGCAUGGUUAUCGUUACGAAUCUUAUAGUUCUUACUGGUUUUAUGGGGUAUUUAAGAUUUGGAGACACAGUGCGAGGCAGCCUUACUUUAAACUUGCCAGAAGAAUUUUUGUUAUCUAAAGUUGUCAUUUCGAGUAUGAUGUUCGGUAUCAUAUGCACAUACACAUUGCAGUUCUAUGUACCAGUGGAAAUCUUGUGGCCAAAAGUCGAACAAAAAUUCGGACCCUUCAGAUCACCUUUACUAUGGGAUACGGGAUUACGUGUAAUACUGGUGCUCAUUACAUUCAUCGCUGCUGAUGUAAUACCACACCUGAGUUUGUUCAUAUCGAUGAUGGGCGCCGUGGCCAGCACGUUCCUGGCGCUGAUAUUCCCGCCGCUGUGCCACAUGGCCGUCACCAGUGCCGACGACGGUGGUAACGGUUACGGCUUGUUCAACUGGCGUAUGGUGAUGAACUGCGCCACGCUGAUGUUGGGCGCGCUGGGAUUCGUCACUGGAACGUACGCGAGCGUCUACGAGAUAUUCGGCGCGUUCCAGAAGGUGGCGGUCAUCGAUGCCAUCACCAAUACGACCGCCGCCGCCGCCAAUAACUACACCGCACCGGGAGUGCACUGACCGUCCACCCACAUCAUCGGCGGUGUCGUGCUCACGUUGUCGCCGACAUCAAUCGCACACAUCACUCGCGAAUACCCACCGACCCAUCCCUGCGAUCGCCACACCUCGCGCAGAAGCUCAAAUAUUACAAUAUUAUAUUAUGUUAAGGCUUCGAGUUAUAAACCGCAUAGACAUGUAUAAUAAUACUAUACGARCAGGUAUAAUAUAAUUAUUAUAAUAUGAUAUUAUUAUGAGACGUAGAUAUUUAUAAUAUUUUUUAUGUGGGUAUAAUAAUUGAUAUUUUAAAUAGUACCUAAUAUAGAAAUCCAGGAUUGGCAUUUCUAAACAAAAUCGUAUUAAACAUAUUGUGGUUCAUAAAAAAUAAUUUUUCUUCAAACUUCCGUCUUAAAACAGCUUUUUUAAACAAGAAUUAAAAUAAACAUUGUUCGAAGCGUAAUUAAAAUUGUAUAUAAAAUAAAAAUUACAUUAUUUGCAUAAAAUAUAAAUAUUUAACCGAAUAUAGGAGUUAAUUCAUGCAUGUUGCGGACCGAAUUCGUAAAAGAGGACUUUUACAAUUAUUUACAAUUAUUACCUACACAUUUUAAAAUUUUACAUUAUAUAAAUAUAUAAUGGUAUAAAAAGUA